GUCUCGCGAUCGUGCUCGUUGUCGGCACGAUCAUGUGACCGAAACAGCAGGCGAGUGCGAUUCGAACGCAGCGACGGAGAGCGCGUACUGUCCGUGGUAUGCUAUUCAGCGGUCGGCCGGGAAACGGUACCCGCUGCAGUUUUGAAUCGCCGUUUAUCGAGCCAACGGUCGAACGAACGCGACGGCGACUCUCGAUCAUGCGACCGUUCGUUCCGCUUGCGUCUGGCAGAUCGGGAAUCGCUUCACGAGCGGCGCGACCGCGCCAAGUAUUCCUCUCGCGACCGCGCUGUGACUUGGUGCGCGGACUGUGAAAUUGGACAGCUUGUUAAUUUAUCGACGCGUACGCACGUUGGAUCGUAUUUCGUUGGAGAGAGGGAGAGAGAAAGAGUGUGUGUGUGUGUGUAUGUGCGCGUAAGAUCUCCGUCGUGCGAAAAAUCGUCCAGUCGGGGGAAUAAGGAUUCGUGGGGCGAACGGCCGCGAAGACGUGAGCGAGAGCGAGCGGGGACGCUUCGGCGAAACGAGUCAACGGUCUCCACCGCGGGACCCAUAAAAUUCAGCGAGGCAAGGCCCGUUAAGAAGUCCAGACGACGAACCCGCUCGGGACGUAGAAUUAAUCGGGACGAUCGGCCGAGUGGUUUUUCCCGUGCAGAUUGCACGGGCGAUCGAGAACGAGAGAGAGAAAGAGAGAGAGAGAGGGGCAUACAGAGCGAGCGAGCGAGAGGCAGAGGGAGAGGAAGAGAGAGAGAGAGAGAGAGAGAGAGAGAGAGAGAGAGAGAGAGAGAGAGAGAGAAGACGAAGCGAGAGAGAAAGAGCAAGAGAACCGGGACCAUGAAGAACGCCCAUCCGAUCAUCAGCGCGACGGCUUCCAGUCCGGUCGGUCCGGAUUCCACGGGCCUCGGCGAGCCGGCGGAGCCGAUCAUCCGGUUGAAGCUGCAGAAACCGCUGCACUGGGAGUGGGAGCUGACGACGUCCGCCGACGCGCUUCCCGUCAUCCAGCUGUUGGACAAGGACGGCCGACUGCUGGUAGAAACGACCGGCAAAACCGCGCAGCGGGCCAGAGGCUCCUUCAAGGAAGGCCUGAGGAGCCACGAGCAAUUCCUCGCCGACGAUUCCACCAGCUCCAAGACGGAACAUCCGUCGACGUUGCAGUCGUCAUCGACGACGUCGCCGUCCGUCUCGUACGCUGCGGCGACGCCGUCUCAGGGUAACCGCAAUAUCGACGGCUUCAGCAACAAAUUCGGCACGUGCAUUUUUGCACCGAAAAAAUCCAAGAGCGACGUGAGCAUCAAGGAGAGACGACGCGUCAAGAAGAGACACUCGCCCGUAGCGGAAAACUCGACGAUGAAGACGAGCAUCGAGGGAAAUGUCGAGGGAACCGCGACGGGACUCAAAAGAUACUCCGCAGGGGAUUACCUGCGGCAGCAGAUCAUGGACGACCUACGUACGCGAAGUACGAUCGGCAAAAGCCCAGAAGAGAUCGCCAAGGACAGGUGCAGGAAGGUCAAAGCGUAUCUGAGGAGUCAGAGCGAGAGCCUGGUGCUGAGCUUGGUACGCGAAGAGGAAUGCGACGGAGACGAGGCAACGGACGCGAAGACCAGACCGCUCAAGAAGAGCACCGCGAGUCGAGCAUUGACAAAGAACGACUCAUUGACGGAGAGACAAGCGAACCUCGAGCGGAAGGAAACGAAGGAACGUAGCGAAAGAGCAAAGCCGUACCAACGCAGUCAGAGCGCCCUGAUUCCGAGCUGCGAGGACUCGACGGAGGCGGACAAGCUGGACGAAGGGGACAAGCUCGUCCGCGGGUUAAAGGACGACAUGAACGAGGAGGAGCUGGCGAAGAUCAGGGCGUUCCUACGCGAGAAGAUACAGCGGCGAAUGAAUAUGGAACAGGCGCGCUCGAGCUCGGCCGUUCGCGUCGGCGUUCCGGAAGCUGUCGGGAACGCCGGUAUCAGGAAGAGAUACUCGGACUACAGUCACGGGAACGAUCGCAGGAACUACAGGACGCGAAAGGUGCGCAGCGAGACGAGCAUCAUUCGAUUCGACCCCGAAGUACUCGAGAGGGAGCGGCUAAAGUCCAACAAGCAGUUCGAUAAAGAGAAGCCGCGGAACGGCGGAGGACCUCCGGGAGAUCCGCCGCCGCCGCCGCUUCAGAGACAGUUGCGGAACUAUCGGCGAUCGGGCAGCGACGUCUUGGUCGAAAGCGUGGAGCCGGACGAUCGAUCGAAAUCACAGUUGAAAAGAGAGUCGUCGAGCCUGGAGAGGAGGAAGCUCUAUCGAAAAACCAAGAGCGACGUCUUACUCGGACAAGCGGCGGCCAAUGCAGAGUCCAGCUGGGACUUUGGGAAUCCUCCGAGACGGAUCAAGAGCCAAGAGAACGUGGAGAGAUCUUGGAGGGAGUACAAAGAGAGGAAGAGGAGCGAGAGACUUCGCAAGGAGUCGGAGAGAGAAGUGCCCGAGGACGACUUUAUGAGUAAGCCGAGGUGGAAGGACUUGCAGCGCGAUCUUUGUUCCUCGCGAAACUGCAAGGUGUGCCAAAACUUGAGAAACUGCGUGAAUCCGCUUCACGAGAGGCCUCGUCGAGCUCGGCGCGAGGACGAGAUCGAACUCCCGUGGAAAGAAACCGCCACCGCCACCGCCACCGCCACCGCCACCGCCACCGCCAUCGGCAAACUUUCCGAUGAGACCUGGUCGACGAGCGGCAGCAGACCUGGCACCAGCUUGCAAGAGAACUACUUGCUCGUCGACGAGGACAAGUGCCGUUCGCCGCCGAUCAUCGCCAAGAUCCAAGUGAGAGAUCGAAGUGGCAACGACGUCGCCAGCGUCGCCGCGAUGAGCGUCAAUUCACCGGACUUCGGCUACAACUCGAUCCCGAAGAGCGCCUUCAAGGAUUAUCGGGAACUGUACGCUCGCUCCAACGUGAAGAAGAGCGACACCUUCAAGAUCAUCGACGGAAGCGAGGGCCUGGAAGAACACGCCGAGCAUUCCGACUCGAAGAUAAAUGGCAACGUUUCCGACAGCGAUCUCGGUUAUCUGAACAGCGGGGGCUCGCUGGCCAACAAAUCGAACGAGGACAUCACCAGGGAUUACUUCAAGAGAGUUUACGAACUGCUCAAGAGGAGGCAAGAGGAGGCGCGAAAAUCGGUGGACGGAGACCGCGAGUUUCCGGGCCACGAUGACUCUUCGUCCUCGAAUUACGUCGAGGAGAUGCAGAGGAAGAGGCAUCGGCGCCGGAGGAAGGAUAAAAGCCCGCAAGGUGAGGAGGUGGUGACGGUGCCGUCCACCAGCGGUGGCCAAGAGGGCUGGAAGGUGCAGCGGCUGUCGGUGAGUAACAACGAGUCGCCGCAAUCCAGCAACCGCCGGCGCGGCUGUCGGCCGCAGUUGCAGGUCGUUUCCGGCGGCAAGAGGAACCGGCCGGCGCCACCCCCGCCGCCGAUAUCGUGCAGGGUCAAUGCCAAGGAUGUGAGCGGGUACUUCGACUGGCCGAACAAGGAGAACACUCCCGGAAAUGCCGUGAAUCGACGCGAGGACGAGCAAGCGAAGAAGCCAAUCGCGACCGAGCAGUCGACAAUGGGCUCGAACCUGAGCAGGCACAACGGGAAGGGCCUCACCGGCCGGCGCACUCAAUCCUCCGGGAAUCUCUGCGACCCUAAGGGCAAGCUCAACAGCAUGGGCAAGAUACUGGUGCCUUGCUCCAGCGCGCAGAGGGAAAGGUACAAAUUUUGCGGCUCGCUGCCGAAUCACCUGGACGAUAAGGAUGCGCUGGACGACGAUCGGCGAGAUAACAAUAACAUCAUGUCCGAUACUAUCGGCGGGAAUUUCGGCGGCACACUGCCGCACAAGAAACGGUCGUUAGGGGUGCAUUUCUCCGACAGCGGGCCAACCGGCACUUUGGACCUCGUGAAGCACCGGUCGCAGGAUUCCCUAGACGAGAACGAUCCUUGGAGGUACCAGCAAAGCGAUCUCGACCUGGUGCGGUGUCGCCACGGUAACUUCGACUCGGUGAAGAGAAAUCGCAGCGCCGACACGGUGCUCGGCGACUCCGGCAGGAGAUAUGGUCGCGGUGUACCCAUGGAGGACAGGUGCCACCGAAACGCGGACCUUGAUCUGGUCGGCACACUGCCCAAGCGCAAGCAGGAUACCAGGAACAGCGGCAGGAGCCUCGAAUCGAACUCGUCGUCCUCGCAGCCGUGCAUCGUGAUGAACGCCCCGAACGAUGGCGACGACGACGAGCUGAUGUUGCACAAGCCCGACUGCGAGCUGCUCAAGCAUCGCCAGCAGUUCGGCAAGUGCGUCGACCUCAAGCUGAGCAAGCUAGCCAGCGGCGGUGAGCCGCAGGAUCAGGGCUACGCGUCGGAGCGUUCGCCCGAGGACGAGCAUCCCCCGUCGUUGCCGGGACAGCCGUUUCCGAGCGUGACACCAGAGAGCACAUUCCGCGUGACGCUGCAGAAGAGCAGUCGCGGCCUCGGCCUGAGCCUCUCCGGCGGCGGCACCGCGGGCCCGGUCAGGGUGAAGAGACUCUUCCCGCAGCAACCCGCCGCUCUGUCCAACAAACUUCAAUCUGGCGACAUACUAUUAGCAGCCAAUGGGAUCCCGCUCACCGGCCUCACCAAUUACGAGGCUCUCGAAGUUCUGCGUACGACGCCCAGUACGGUCGAGUUGGUGGUGUGCCGGCUUCCAGGAGAUAGUAAUGUCACACCACCCGGCGCACCACCGCCACCCCCAGCAAGACGUGAGCCGCCGCCGCCGUUACGUUUACUCAACCCUCUGCCACCUCUGCAGAUCGAGCCCUGUGGUGAAUUCGAUAUCGAGAUGACGAAGGUCGGCGGCAGCCUCGGCUUCACCCUGAGGAAGGCGGACAGCAGCGCCUUGGGCCACUACGUACGAGCGCUGGUGCGCGAGCCGGCGCUCAGCGACGGCAGGAUCCGGCCGGGUGACAAAAUCGUCGCCGUGGACGGCGCACCAUUGUCGCCGAUGAGCCACGAAGAAGCGGUCCAGCUGCUGCGGCAGUGCGGGCCGACAGUGAAGCUGCGGCUGUACCGCGACCUGGCGCAGACUCCGGUCUCAGCGCUGUCGCCCACCGAGCCCGACCACCCUCUCCGUCCACCGCGGACGAGCCUGAGGCAAGAAGCCGUGGAUAUGCUGUGUGAUUUAGCGGUACGAAGGCUGUCGCCGGGCACGUCGAGCGGCUCCAGCUGCAAGCAACAAUCACCCGGUGCAUCCUGCAACUCCCCUCGAAGGUUGCGUCGAUUGGCCACGCGAACUCCCACUGCCGAAACCGAUCAAGAAAGCCCCGAGAAGUCGCACGAAGCCGUACAAACGGUGUCGACGGCCAGCCAGGCGGAGACGUCGGACUCGGACCAAUGCUCGAUACGGACGCAAAUCACCAAUUCCCAGGCGAACACACCUGCGACCGACAUAAUCGAUCCGCCGGCGCUGUACGACGUCUACGACGAGCCCGACGGCGAUCCGACGAGACGGGCCAGCAACGGCACCGCGUCCAGGCCGAGUUUCCUGGACCUGUCGGCGCCGCAGGGCAAGCCGCAUUUCCAGUUCUGCAGCGCCGACUCGGACGGCGAGUAUCCGGAGGACGGUGUGAUCCUCGCCGAGGCGGAGCACGGCCGGCUGGCCGAGCCGAGCUACGACGACGACAGGAGCGUGAUGAUAUUGUCGAGCGAUGAGCACGACAACGAUCUGCCGUCCGAGCCGGCCUCGAUGCCGCCGGUACUCUCGUCGACCAGCAGCACCAGCACCGCCGCCUUCAGCUACAAGAAUCCUGCUUACCAGAGCGCCAAUCCGGCCUGCGGCACUAGCAGCGACCCGUCCAGCACCAAGAGCAAGGUCACGCAUUCCAGCGACCAGGACAUACCAGGGAAGGUCCUGGGGACGGACGACCCAGCCGGUAGCAAGGGUCUGCUAAAGUGGAAGGGCGUGAUGUUCGCUCCAGACGACGAGGCGGAUCGGCCUGAGCGCGAGGAGGAAAUCAACAAAGACGUCACGGAUGCUGUCACUUCCGCCGAAGACCUUGAACAAGGCAGCGAGGUGUUCAUGGUGGAGCUAACGCGUGGGUGGAAUAGUCGGUUGGGUUUCAGCCUGCAACCGGAAGGGAAUCGUACGGUGAUAUCAGUCGUGCAUCCUGACAGCGUCGCAGCCAAGGAUGGCAGGCUCAAACAGGGCGACGUAUUGAUGAUGGUUAACGAGGAGAGCGUGGAACACAUGUCGACAGCCGAUAUAAUUGACUUGUUACGCAAGAUACGUGGUUCGAUCGGCAUCACUGUAAUGAGGAAGUCCAAACGAGAUAAUGUGACGUGACGCUAGUCCGACUCGUGAUCGAAAUAUCUCAUAGGGAAAUCAUAAGAAGCAAAAAGAUCUGAUCGAUAUAUUCCUUGUCAACGGGCAAUGAACGAAUUCAAACCUAGGCAUGAGUCUAGCGCGCAAAGAAAAACCUUGUCGACAGAAGAAGCCAAGACAAGAGGCUGAUUUUUCUUACAAUAAAAUCUUCAUUGAAUAUUCGAAUAAGGGAAGAGAGAACGAAAAGAGUGAAAAGCAACUAGAAAAAUAAUUACUGAGAGGCGAAUAAAAGAGAUUGUAAAAAGAUAAGAUUGUAAUACGAUAUAAGAGGCGUGAGCGAUUGGUGAAUCUUCAAUGUCAAGAGGAAGAGUAAAUCCGUCACUGUCAGAAGAUCACGGAUUAUCCGUAAAGAAGCGGGAUGAUCUCGUCGCAUUCGGAAGGCGAUGGUCAAUUACAAAAAGACUGCCGUCAAAAAAUAUAGGGAGACAAAACUACACUGAUGUCAUCCAGAUAAUGUCGUCCGAAGACCAGCUGCUUAUUCUUGCGAGAAUUCUCUGGUGUGCGAGAGGCUAAGACUAAGAUUUCAAGUUCGGAGGGCAUCGGAUAAUCAUCUUACUGAGUUUCCAGUCGCGUCCUAAUUCCGCGCGAAUCAAUUAUUUACGAUAAAUCAGUUAUUUACGAUAAAACCGAUAUUUUAUCGCGUUCCAUAUCGGCUGUCAUGCUAGGACGCUCGAUAUCGUCUGCGAUAGAUUGCGCGUUAAGCAUAGAAUAAUACAAAAUGCUUCGGUUUCUCGGACCGAGCACUUUCACUUCCGGCGCUUGUUGAUAAUAUUUCCUGACAAUGUCCGAUAAUAUCCGAAAAUGUAAUAAUAUCUCGCGAAAAGCGAUAUCCUCCUACUGUUAGCGCGUAUUCUUCCGAUGUUGAAUACGGUAAUCAAACGGUCAAUCAAAACUCCCGAUCGUGGGCGUGCAACGACGCAAAGUGAGAUACGUGAGAAUUCGUACAAUGCGAAUCGAUCGAUUAUUCAUCGAAUGAACAAUUUCGCUUUUCUUUUUGUUAUGAGACUGCGAUACAUACGUAUGUAUAAAUGUAAAGAUUGCAGUUUUUAAUGUGUUCGCGAGCGUGUAAAAAAGAAAAAUUCAUCUAAGAGCUAGUAGUACAUCCUACAUAUCCUGUGUAAAUCGCCUAUCUUAUUAAUAAUUACCCAAUACAUAGUUCUACCGCAGGUGAGUUUAAAUAACGAAACUACUGUUAAGAGAAUCCGGAGCUUAUAACGUAAUUUUAGUUUCUCGCGAUGCAACACAUGGAAAAUCGUUUAACUUAAGAUUAAUAUUAAAAUAAGAUUUCAAAUUUUCCCCGAAGGUGCGCAACGGUUCUUCUGAUUCCUUCGAAGAUAGAAUUGCGUUACUGGAAUAGCUAUUGUGUAGAUACUAUAUUUUUAUUCCACAGAAUGUAACUUUUUACGGAGAGAGAGAGAGAGAGAGAGAGAGA